UUUCCUCAUGUUGCAACCUGUGUCAUUUCUUUGUGCAAACUGAAUAACACAUUGUUUAUUAUAAGAACAUUUUUGCAACAUCAAAUUCCUUAUAUUGUGGAUUAGUUUAUUGUACAGAUACGGUUGCUUUUUAUAGUUUAACAGACAAAAACAACGAACAGGACGAAGGGACUGUUCUUUGUGGGGACCACCAUGUGGCCUUCGAGAGAACUACCGAACUGCAUUGAUGAUUCAUCGGUCGCGAGGGGGCGCUAACGGAGCACCAGGUGGUCACAGUAGCUUGAGAAAGGAAAGGCCGAAUACAGUGGGGAACAAUUCAGAAGCUAUCACUAGUAGCAGGCUAGUUAGCUAAAUAAAGCACCAGAUAGUCUAAUGCCGCCGUCUCUCUCAAGUGAUGGCAAAGGAACAGUGUUCACAAAUCGAAGCUGAAUUGUAUUACCUCAUUGCCAGAUUUCUGCAGUCGGGACCGUGUAAAAAGGCGGCACAGAUCCUUGUUGAGGAACUAGAAGAGUACGAGUUGAUUCCUGAACGAUGGAGUUGGGACGGAAAGCGAUACAAACGAAACUUCGAAGACUGGGUGAUCCUAAACCAGCAUAUUCCAGCAGACUAUCUCCUGCGAGUAUGCCGACAAAUAGGACCUCUCAUAGACAAGGAGACCCCACCUUGCGUCCCGGGGGUACAGACCCUGCUGGGGGUGGGGAAACAGUCUCUGCUCCGCACAUCUAGAAGUUGCAGCCAUGUCGUGUGGAGCGGAUCUGCCGUGGCCGCGCUUCAUCGAGGGCGACCGCCAGAACCCCCCGCCGGCAACGCCCCCCCUCCCAGCGUCGUCUCCAUCAUGGGUGCUCGGCAGACCACAGGCUCCGCCCGCUUUGGCCACGCCCAGCCCACCUCCGGCUACUCCUGCCUGAAGCUGCACCGCAGGAUCCUGGGCCACCUGUCCUCCGUGUACUGCGUGGCCUUCGACCGCACCGGCCGACGCAUCUUCACCGGUUCAGACGACUGUUUGGUGAAGAUCUGGUCGACGGACGACGGGCGUCUGCUGUCCACGCUGCGCGGCCACGCGGCCGAGAUCUCCGACAUGGCGGUGAACUACGAGAACACGCUCAUCGCCUCGGCCAGCUGUGACAAGAUCAUCAGGGUGUGGUGCCUUCGCACCUGUGCUCCCAUCACUGUGCUGCAGGGGCACGCUGCCUCCAUCACCUCCAUACAGUUCUGUCCGGGGGUCAAAGGGAUGAUGCGGUACCUGGCCUCCACCGGAGCGGACGGCAUGGUGUGCUUCUGGCUGUGGCACUCGCUCACCAUGAAGUUCAGCGAUCGUCCUGUCAAGUUCAUGGAGCGCUCCCGCCCCGGGGUCCAGAUCUCCUCCUCAUCCUUCAGCAGUGGCGGGAUGUUCUUGGCCACAGGAAGUACGGACCAUGUGAUCAGGGUGUACUACCUGGGUUCUGACACCCCCAUGAAGCUGUCGGAGCUGGAUGCUCACAUGGACAAGGUUGUGGUCGUCCAGUUCUGUAACAACAGCGACAGCCUGAGGUUCGUGAGCGGUAGCCGUGACGGCACGGCCAGGGUCUGGCGUUACCAGCAGCAGGAGUGGAAGAGCAUCAGUCUGGACAUAGCUGCCAGACUACCGGGGACUGCUGUGGUGAAUGGAGAUGACAAGACCAAGCUGGUGGUUACCAUGGUGGCGUGGGACCGUGGCGACCGUACCGUCAUCACUGCCGUCUCCAACUACCUGCUGAAAGUGUGGAGCUCCACCUCUGGACAGCUGCUGCACGUGCUCUCUGGUCAUGAUGAUGAGGUGUUUGUCCUGGAAGCCCACCCCUUUGACCAGCGCAUCAUGCUGUCUGCUGGUCACGACGGCAACAUCUUCAUCUGGGACCUAUCCAAGGGAGCCAAGAUACGCAACUUCUUCAACAUGAUUGAAGGCCAGGGCCACGGUGCUGUGUUCGACUGCAAGUUCUCUGCUGACGGCCAGAACUUCGCCUGCACAGACUCCCACGGCCAUCUGCUCAUCUUUGGCUUCGGCUGUAGCGGCCCGUACGAGAAGCUUCCAGACCAGAUGUUCUUCCACACCGACUUCCGCCCGCUGAUCCGUGACGCCAACAACUACGUCCUGGACGAACAGACCCAGCAGGCGCCCCACCUCAUGCCCCCGCCCUUCCUGGUGGACGUGGACGGGAACCCACACCCUUCCCACUACCAGCGCCUGGUUCCUGGCAGGGAGAGCUGCAAGGAGGAGCAGCUGGUGCCUCAGCUAGGCUACGUGGCUAACGGUGAUGGUGAGGUGGUGGAGCAGGUGAUUGGUCAGCAGACAGCAGAGCGUGACCAGGCCGGGGCAGGAAGCCUAUUGGACAACCUGAUCAGAGAGCUGCAGGACCAGCACAAUAGAGAUGGAAAUCUGGAGGCCCAACCUGCACCGGACGGUGAGCAGGAGGGCGUGGCGGCGGAGGCCAGCGAGGGCACGCAGAGCAGCGGUCAGGUGCAGGGAGUGCGUCAGAUGCACCACAACGCCCCCCGCAGCCAGAUGGCCACUGAGAGAGACCUGCUCGCCUGGAGCAGGAGGGUGGUGGUGACGGAGGUGCAGCAGGGGGUCCACAGGGUGAUGGAGGAAACGAGGCGGGCCAAGGGGGAGGUGGAGUGUUCCCUGUACAACACUGAGAGGAAGAAGAAGCCUGUGGCUGCAGACACCCCUAGCGACCCCCAGGUGUCGUCCAUGCGCACCUUACGGCCGAGCCGGAGGAAGAAGCCUCAGCGGCACUCCUACCAGACCCGCUCUGCACGCGUGCGUCGCCCGGCCGACCGGGGCAGGGGAGGGGGAGCCAGGGCGAGCGACAGCCAGGCAGACUCCGACAGCGAUGGAGAGGCAGAGGAGCAGAUGGAAGCCAGCGAUGCGUCGUCUGACGGUGAAGCCAGGUGGCAGAGUGACAGCAGCUCCAGCGAGUCCUCCAGCGACUACUCCGAUUGGACGGCUGACGCUGGGAUCAACCUCCAGCCGCCCAAACGGACGAGCCGGCGGCAGAUCCGGCCCCCGGGGUACAGCAGCUCGGAGGAGGAGGGAGAGGCCGGGGAGGGGGAGGCCGGGGAGGGGGAGGCCGGGGAGGGGGAGGCUGGGGAGGGGGAGGCUGGGGAGGCCAGUCGGAGACCAGCGGAUAAGAAGAAGAAGAAAAGACCUACCCAACAGAAGAAGCCCAGCACGUCUCUCUCCUUGGCUGGGUGUGACGCGGAGGAGUGGCUGCCCCCGUCCUGGAUCAUGGAGACCUUCCCCCGUCGCUCUCCCUUCGUGCCCCAGAUGGGCGAUGAGCUCAUCUACUUCAGACAGGGCCACCAGGCUUAUGUCAGGGCCGUCCGGAGGGCCAAGGCCUACAGCAUCAACCCUCAGAAGCAGCCAUGGAACAAGCUCAACCUCAGGGACCAGGAGUCUGUGAAGGUGGUUGGCAUCAAGUACGAGGUGGGCCCUCCCACUCUGUGCUGUCUGAAGCUGGCCUUCCUGGACCCCAUAUCAGGCAAAAUGACCAGCGAGUCCUUCUCCCUCAAGUACCAUGACAUGCCUGACGUCAUCGAUUUCUUGGUGCUACAGCAGUUUUAUAAUGAAGCUAAAGAACACAACUGGCAGCCAGGUAUGCGCUUCAGGAGUAUCAUCGACAACGCCUGGUGGUUCGGCUCUGUGGACGACCAGCAGCCUUUACAGUCAGAGUACCCCGACAGCCUGUUCCAGUGUUACAUAGUCCAGUGGGACAAUGGGGAGAGAGAGAGGAUGAGCCCGUGGGACAUGGAGCCCAUUCCUGAUGAAGCUGCGUUCCCGGAGGAGGAGGGUGACGGCGUGCCGGUGACGGAGGAGGAGCUGCGGUCCCUGCUGUACGCCCCGCAGGAGGGGGAGUGGGGCGCUCACAGCCGGGACGAGGACUGUGAGAGGGUCGUCCACGCCAUCGACGACCUGCUGACGUUAGAUGUGGCGAAGGCGUUUGGCGUGCCGGUGGACCUGUGUGAUUACCCCCAGUACUGCACCGUGGUGGCCUACCUCACAGACCUCAGCACCAUCCGUAAGAAGCUGGACAACCGCUUCUACAGGCGUAUCUCUGCUCUCAUGUGGGAGGUGCGUUACAUCGAGCACAACGCACGCACCUUCAACGAGCCCCAGAGCCCCAUCGUGGCUGCUGCCAAGGUGGUGACCGACGUGCUGCUGCUCUUCAUCGGGGACCAGAGCAGCGUGGACAUCAUGGAUCUGUACCAACGGGUCAAGUCCGAGAUGAGCAGCGGAGAGGACGAGACCGUGGAGGUGGAGGUGGACUCUGACACCCCGGGCACGUCCACAGGACAGCGGCGCCCCCGGGCCUCUCCUAAGAAGCGCGGGGUGGUGUUGGAUGUCCGGGCGUGGCGGGGUCAGUGUCUGGAGCUGGUGAGGCGCAUGGUGGACUCCCCCGACUCAGAGCCCUUCAGACAGCCUGUAGACCUCUUCGUAUACCCAGACUACAGGGACAUCAUUGACACCCCCAUGGACCUGGGCACCGUGUCGGAGACCCUGCUGGAGGGGAACUACGAGAACCCCAUGGAGUUCUCCAAAGACGUCCGCCUCAUCUUCAGUAACUCCAAGGCCUACACGCCCAACAAGAAGUCCCAGAUCUACACCAUGACCCUUAGCCUGUCGGCCUCGUUUGAGAAGCAGAUCAUAGCCAUCAUCUCCGACUACAAGUCAGCGUUUCAGAACCAGCGCAGAAGCCGCCAGAGGCAGAACUACAGGAAGAGACUUCACAGUGGAGGCAGCUCCCCUCCCCCCAGCACACCCUGCAGUCCCAGAGGGAAACACAAGUCAGGGAAGAAAACCAAACCAAACAAAUCCAAAACCUCAUCUAAGAGACGACCUCGCCGGCCGUCUCAAGCAGCCUCAGAGUCCAGCGGCGGGCUGGUGGAUGAGGACAGCCAGCCGUCAUCCAGCUCAGGUCCAGCCAGCCACAGCAGCUCCCAGGGCCCUGGCUGCAGGCCCCCCCGCAGCAGAGCAGCGCCGCUGCGUAACGGACCUCUAACCAACGGCUCCAGACAGAGCCUGAGGAGACAGCUGCUCAGAGCCAAUCAGGAGCAGGUGUCUGGCGGCUCCAACAGCUCCUCCUCCUCCUCGUCCUCCUCAUCAUCCUCAUCCUCCUCGUCAUCCUCGUCUUCGUCCUCCUCGUCCGACGGGGACGGAGAAUCCGACUCGGACGUGGAGAAGUUUGUGGAGGGGGGCGACCAUGACUACAGCAAGGCCCCCUGCGUACGCUCACACAGCAGGGGCAAGGCGACCGCCCUGGGGAAGAGGAGGAGGAGGGGAGGAGAGAGGCUCCCAGAGAGAGCUAAACGAGCCCGGAUACAGCAGGAGGAAGAGGAGGAGGACGAGGAAGAGGAGGAGGAGGAAGGAAAGGAAGAGGAGGAGGAGGAGGAGGAGGAAGAGGAGGGCCAAGAAGAAGAAGAAGAAGAAGGUGAGGAGGAGGAGGAAGAGGAGGAGGAGCAGGAGCAGCCUCAGGGGGAGGUAGCAGGCGAGGAGGAGGAUGAGGAGCAGGAGCCGGAGGAGGAGGAGGAGCCUGAUGAGGAGGAGGAGGAGGAGGGGGAGGACACGGACCAGGAGGAGGAGGGGGUUGGGGUUACCAGGGCGACGGCGGCGGAGCUUCGACCGAGGAGCCGCCGGCAGAGGAAGGCUCUGCGGGUGAACACCAGGAACCAGGGGCGCAGGACGGUGUUGUACAACGACGAGUCUGAGGAGGAGACCCCGGGUGGGGAAGAGCCGGGUGGGGAGCAGCCGGGGGGGGAGGAGCCGGGUGGGGAGGACCCCCUCAACCUGGGCCUGUCGCGCUCCGGGAGGGUGCGCCGCAUGACGGAGAAGGCACGCGUCAGUCACCUGAUGGGAUGGAACCACUGACACCUUCAACCCCACCUCUCCUCCCCCUGCCGCCCCUCAGAGCUGCAACCAAGACUGUCGACUAACUACAAGGAAAUAAUGAAACAGAAUACUGCAGGGAUUUUCUUUUUUUGUUUUUCUUUUGUAUGAUUGUUGUAAUGAUGAUGAUUGACUUUGUGUUGAAGACUGUUUACGCCUCUAAAUGGGCAGUGGUGCUGUAGACUUCUUACCAAGGACUCCUUCCCUGGUCUGGACAGUCACAUGGACAUACACAAGACACUCCCUCACUCACCACCGCCUUACCACUCUCCAGGGUCUGUCCAGGGUGGUCAGUCAUCCCCACGGCUGCCCCUCCCUCUCUCUCUUUCUCUCUACCGCUCUCUCUCUCUGUACCUCUCUCUCUUUCCCUACCUCUCUCUCAUCUCCUGCCCCCUCUCAUCCUCAUCCCUGUCUCCUCCCUCCCUCCCUCCGCCUGGUCGUGUUUCAGCUGUUGUCAUACAGCAGCAGUUCACACAUGCCAAACACGGUGCUUGUUUUCCAUCUCAAGGUGGCUCUCUGUUUCCACCAGGGUGACCGAGACACGCUUCUCUCCCUGGGUGGAUUCAUCAGGUUGAUACAAUCAUGUUAGCUGGAGUCUUCUGUUCAUAAAGUAUGUAUUCAUCUGUCCCCCUCUUCCAUGGAGAGCCUGUGUUGAGAGAUGAUCCAGCGAUUAAGGCCUAUAUUCCCUCCUCUGAAGCCCAUUCAUAGAUUUGAGCUGACCAGGUCAGUGAUCAUAUGAAUUCACGUUGAUGGAGACAGCUGCUCAUCGAGGUCUGUCGUCAUGAUGUCUUAGAGAGGAACUUUAGAGGGACUUUUCUGUUUCCCAGUUUGUUUGUUGAUAAAGUGCUGCAUGCCUGCUGUCAUCUGACAUUAAGGACAUCCUCAACUUCCAGGCCAGAUGUUUUUAAUACUCUCCCACCCCAACUGUAAACAACUUCACACUGAUGUCAACUCACUCUGUAUUUGCACAGGCACCCCAGAUAUAGGCGUGUCUUCCCCCUUAUCCUGUCGUGUUUGUUUGGGCUUGAGUUCGAUUUUUUAAUAGACGGUGAAGUGUAUCAAUGUGUAUAGCAUCAAGUUUCUGAACAGGCCAGAGCUUGUGGAAUCAGAUCUGAGAAUUAACUUCCUGGUUUCCCUCGCUCAACUCUGCCCCUGCAAGCGCAGUGCAUUAUGGGUAGAUGGUUUAUGCAUCUCCUCCUCUCACUUCCGCUAUUUACUCAAAUGAAGACUUUUUUUUGUUUUAACCUUUUUUUUUUUUUACUACAGAUAUUUAUUUUUUCACUGUAUUAUACACUUUGCAAUUAUUUCUUAUCUAAUAAUAAGGGUGAGAUAUUUGCACAUGACGUAUUGUGCGAGGCAGCUGAGAUGGUCUGUGUACCAGUUAGCUCCUGAUCAUGUUAUCAACAUACAAGCAAGGUUUUUUCAUGCAGUUUCAAUACAUACAGAUAACAGGACAUAGUGCCAAUAUUAUAUUCAUUUGGAUCCACCUAAGGGACCACAAAGCUGAAUUUGAAUUGAAUAAGAAAAUGUAUGGAAGGUAGUCAUGUACAUAAUUUGUUGUCAAAAAAGACCAAGUUUAUUUCUUUCCUGCUAAUUCAUUGAGCCUGCUUUGUGGUGCACCUUCCAGGGUGAACUGUUCUGUGACAGAUGUGGUUUUGGAGAGCUUUACGGAGGUUCCUGGGGUGAAACGUAAGCCAUCGCUGCAGCACAGCGUCACCAGGGGAGAGCUGGGUCUUCCACUGUGUAGCAUUGGUGGUCUGAUGUCAUUCAGGAAGCAGGUCGUCUGGUCCCCUUACCUUUAACCCCCCAUAGCCCCGCCCCCUGACCUUUACACCCCCCCUCCCCCCCCCGACCCCAUCUCAGGCCAUUUGCUGCCAUUCAAGCCUCCCAACUAGGGAAGGAGAUUGUACUCUGGGAAAUCAAAUCAUUAGCAAACCUCUGUUUUUGUUUAUUUUAUUUUUUGGGGUAGCCAAUUAAGGGCUUAGCAUUAACUUGUGCUAGCUUAUUCUGCUAAAUGGUGGUAGAUUUGAGAUGAUGUCCUUGGGCCAAUGCAUAAGAUUCAUAUUUUGGGAACUUUUAUUAUUUACAUUUGAUAGAUGAUCUAAGGGAUCUGUCUCCAACAACAGAUCAGGAGGAACCAGAAAAUGACAUUCUAGGUGUAAAAUGCUUAUUUGUGACUGUCUUUUUCUACACAAUGUUUUGAUUGUGUGUGUGUGUGUGUUUUUUAAUAAAAAGGAGCAGAGUAGAUUUUCUCCCAA